AUGACUUACGCCUUACCAUGGCCAUUUUCAAGGUCUAUUCAUUUUCCCAACUCAAUUCUUGAAUUAGUUAUUUUAUUUGCUUUUAUAGAAGAAUUUUUGUUUUAUUAUUUGCAAAGAAAGGACACUAGUGGGAUUGAGAACAAGUAUUUUGAUCUUAUUCUUGUACCCAUUUCAAUCUGUGUGGUUUCAAGAGUUCUUGAGCUGAAAUGUGAAUCCAAUCAUGCAAGAAUGGCACGUGGGAUGGGUUGGUUAAUUUUGCAAGAGACUUGGUUUGUUCGAAUGGGGAUUUCUUUUUAUAGUGAUAUGAUUGUUCAUGGCUGUGCUUUACAUGAAAAGAGUAGAGGGGAUUAUACUGUAAAGUGUAGAGGGCAUCCUGAGUAUCAUAGGGCUAGAGGGAUUGCUACUCUUCAGUUUAAUUGUCAUCUUGCCUUAGAUUUGAAGUUACCAGAAACUGAGGUCCUUAAGGAGAAUAUUUACUUGAUCAAGAGAAAACUUAAGGAAAAUAAUUAUUUGAUCAAGAGAAAACUUGAGAUUUGAGAGAUUGAAAUUUUGUGUGCAACCAAUGCUGAAGAUGUCUCUAAAGCUGGUCCUCAGGUUUCAGUGCUGAACCAAAAUUUUCCUUCUCCUGGAGAGCCAACGGUCAUCCACACAAAGCAACCCAUAAGACACAAGAAUCAGACGUUGGCAUGUUCUAUUAGUAAUGACAGCAUGUUAAUUUAGAGCGGAUAUCUGAAGCUAGUUAAGAUUUUGAAUUGUCUUAUAUGUGAUGAUUUAGGCUGGUUAAGAUUUUGAUCUAACUUUAAGAUUUUGUUCAGCAAUGAUGUACUUUAUUCCACCUCUGCUUUGGAAGAAGAAGACUCUUCAUAGCACGUCCAUUUUGUUUUUACACAGCUGCAAAUGUCGUGCUUGCCAUUUAUCUUCUCACCGCCACUAGUGUCUCUUCCCCCACCAAAACCCAACAAUAGCCUACUUUCAGUUGACUCAAGAGCUUGGCCACCGUACUAAUAGCUCCUCCGCCAUGUUCCUUCAGACUUCCCCACUUCCGCUGCCACCACUAUAAAUGCCAAGCUGAUAAUUAUGGCUUACGUGUAAAAAUUUUAAAGAAGAAAAGUUCAAGAGUAUCAAAAAUAAAGAUACCCAUUUACAUAAUUCAUUAAAGCAUAGUGUUGCUGAUUCAAGAAGAGAAACCAAGAACGAGAAUGACGGUGGAGGAAGAGCAAGAGAUUUAGAAAGAAGAUUUAAAGAACCAUCGCUUCUCUUAAAACGGUGCCAUCACCGGCGUUCACAGCGUUUAAGAUUAACAAGUUCAGGCGGCGACUGUUCGAACAUCAGGUGGUUGUCGUUUGUGGUGGAGACGCGGUAAAAGUAUAGGCUACUGUUCAGGAGCUGCAGCAAGAAGAUGAAGCA